AUGCAAGUAUGUUCCUUUUUGGCAGUGGAAACUCCGCUAUACAACCAAUUGCGUAAGACGGGUUCGUGGAAAGAUCCAACCGCCUCACUUGAGGACUUUCGAUUCCCAUGGCCUUUCCCCAAGAGGCCAUCAACACGCUACAAGAUAGCUUCUUACCUCACGUUGGGCUUCGUGUCUUCAUUGGCUAAGCUGAUGUUUUUAGGAGGCGCUAAUAAAUUGCGGAUACACAAUCGGGAAGGAUUUAUGAAUGCCUGGACUGACAGGACUCGUCCGCUCAUUACGCUUUCAAAUCACAGGUGUAACAUUGAUGAUCCCUUGAUGUGGGCCUUCAUAACAGCUUCGGAAUUGUGGAAAAACGUCGAUCGACAUCGAUAUACUUUGGCAGCUCACAAUAUCUGUUUUUCAAAAAAGUGGCACACAACAUUCUUUUCACUUGGUCGUUGUGUACCUUGCGUCCGUGGACGUGGCGUUUAUCAAAAAGGAAUGGAUUUCUGUAUAGAAAAGCUAAAUGAGAAUGGUUGGGUCCACAUGUUUCCUGAAGGCCGCGUUACCCACGUUCCAAUACGCAUUAAAUGGGGUAUUGGACGACUAAUCAUGGAUGCUGAAAAGCCCCCUUUGAUACUUCCUAUCUGGUGCACUAAUAUGUCGAACGUGUGGCCUGAACAUCCGCCGUAUUAUCCGCGUUUUGGCCACGUGAGUAUCUUGCUCAACAGAUUCUUACAGAAAAUUGAUAAAAUAUCCGUCUUGUAUAGUGCCAUUGUUGUGCAAUUUGUGUGGUGUGGAGGGAAGGAGGGAGCAGGAGAAGGGGAAAAGUGCGCAUGA